AUGCUAUUCUACCUGACUACUCUAAACCCUGCGAGGUUUUUGAGUGAGGAUCUACCAACCGCGGAAGAGAAUAAGCGAAACAAGCAAAAGCUCAUGGCACUAAAUGCUUGGAAGCAGUCAGACUUCCUUUGCCAGAAUUAUGUUCUGAAUGGCUUGGCAAACCCACUAUUCAAUGUGUUUUAUGCCAAGAAGUCAUUAGAGGAGCUGUGUGAUGCUUUGGACAAGAAGUACAAGACCGAGGAUGUUGCAAAUAGUGAAAUUCUAUUAUAUUUUUCAGAAAUAGAAACUGUUACCAAUGUUGCAGCUGCUGUUGCUAAUGUUGGUAGGGAUCAAAAUCUCGGGACUACUUGCUUGCCAACCCCUACUAGGACCUCUGUAGUCAACCUUGCUGCUGUGACCUCUGUGGUCAACCCUGUUGCUAUUUCUGUUGUUCCGAAAGGACCGUUCAACCAUUAUGAGCGCCGGGAGAACUUCAUGGGAGAUCAUGUUCUGAAUGGCUUGGCAGACCCACUAUUCAAUGUGUUUUAUGCCAAGAAGUCGUUAGAGGAGUUGUGGGAUGCUUUGGACAAGAAGUACAAGACCGAGGAUGCUGGGGCAAAGAAAUUUUUCGUUGUUGAUUGCCGCAAGAAAAAGAAACCUUACAAGAAGAACCCUCCACAAAACAAGAGUCAUGUCCACAUGGCUGAAAUGGAGGAUCUGUUACAAGAUGUGGACGACAUGCAUGUGUCAGUUGUCGUCUCAAAGGUGAACAUGGUGGUGUCCAACCUGAAGGAAUGUGAGAAGUUGUUCAUGGGAAAUUCUACGACCUCAACUGUUGAGGGUAAAGGCAACGUGGUCUUGAAGAUAACUUCAGGAAAAGAGCUGACUUUGAACGAUGUCCUUUAUGUGUCGGACAUUCGUAAGAAACUUGUUUCAAGGUCGCUCUUAAGCAAGCAUGGCUUCCCCAUAGUGUUUGAGUCUGAUAAGGUCGUGUUGACCAAGAGCGGUCUAUGUGAAAAAGGGGUAUAUGUCGGGCGAACUUGUGGAAGGGAAACAAUUCUCUUCGUGAAUUACAUUCUUAGUAGAAUACAUCGGAAGAAAGUGGACAAUACUCCAUAUGAGUUGUGGAAAGGCCACAAGCCUUCAUAUAAAUACCUAUGA